CCUGAUGAACAGGAUUAAUCUACGGAAGAGGUUGUGCUCUUCAAGAGGUUUCACUAUGCUCGUUAAUCGUACAAGGAGGGUUGGCCGAACCCUAUAUAGGGUAUAACCCUAUUCCUAAUUACUUUAGACUAUCAUGGCUAAUUACAAAUUGAUACCUACACAACUAACUUUAACACCCUCCCUUAAAAUGAUGUGCAGUUCGCAACAUCAAUUUGGAGGAUAAGUACCAAUGACGACUAGAAGGCACCGACUUUGUCAAGAGGUCUGCAGUCUGGUCUUCGGUCGACAAAUAACCAAUCUGUAUCAAUCCUUCAGCCACUAACUGUCUAAUGUAAUGGACAUGAACUUCAAUGUUCUUAGUUCUGUCGUGCAUUGUCGGAUUAAUCGCAAUAUGGAUAGCACUGGUGUUAUCACCAUAUAGACGCAUCGAAACUCGACAAGUUACACCCAACUCUUUCAGGAGCUGACAUAUCCAAACUAGAUUGAUACCUACACAAUUAACUUUAACAAAAGAAACUGCUGCUCUUUCUAAAAGAACUUCCCUUGUCUUGAGUUUUGAAACACCAAGGGAGUGGGUUAACUAGUCAUGGCCUCGUGGGUUGGAUAGAUUUUGGUCUCAAAUUGAUCCAUUUGUUUAUUAAUGAGUUGAUAUAAUUGUGAUCCGCUAUUUAUUUACAUUCUUCUUUGGGUGGAUGAUAUUGGAUUAUGAGUUAAUAUGCAAAAGCAAUUUGUCAACUAUCCAUUAUGCAAGUUGACUAAUACUUGCAACAAGUUCCUCACAAAUUAGAAUGGAACUAGCAAUUUAGACACUUCUCAUUUUGUCGCUUGUGGAUAUAUCUAAUAGUUGUGACUUGUGACAUGUAAAGCAUAAGAACUUUUUCAAUUUGUCACUUUAAACGAAGUAUCCAGUGACAAAUAAAACAAAGUCAUUAACCACAUAGUAGACACCAAGGUUCCAUACGUGUGUGGAUUUAAAUCCUUUGGCAGAGGUAUCAAAUAUUUCAUUACUCCAUCGAUCAAUUCGGUGGAGAAAAUUGAUGACCCUUAUGACUUUGAUAUAAUUGAAAGCUUAUCAUUUCCAUCACAAUAUCGAAUGUGCAUUACACAACAUAGUAACCAAUAGUUACGAUUCAGAAAUAUUAGUUAUCUUAUUAUAAACACAUUAAAUAAAAUUUUAUGGCCGUGGAAGAGAGGAUAACCAUGGACAAUAAAUAAAUUUUUUUUUGUGUAAAUAAAUAAAAUUUUCAAAUGAGCAUCUUAUUAUAAACACAUUAUCAAAUAAACAACAAUCAAAUAGAGGAAUGCAAUUAAACAACCGCACGUGUGAUCACAGACACACGUGUGCGACUCCCCCCUACAAAUCCUGGCGCGUAUUGUCGCCAAUACUGAACAGAACAACUCCGCACCAAAGCAAAAAAACAUGGCCGCCUCUUCCUCCGCCGCUCACGACCAGCACAACCUCCCUAACCCCUACUCCGCCGCCACCACCACCGCAGCCCCACCGCCCACCCCUUCAGCACAACCCAAUCACAGCCACAACCACCACCAUCUCACCACUUCCGCCUCCAUGGCAGCCGACACCCUCUCCCGCCUCCUCACCCGCCUCCCACCAUCCCUCUCCCUCCCCGCUCGCCUCCGCCCCUCUCCGCUCUCCUCCGCCGCCGCCCCGUUCGUCGCGCCACCGACCUCUCCUCCGCUCAUCACUCUCACCAACCCCAACGCCAGCGAACUAGUCCUCUCCGCCGCUUCCGAUCACGGGUUCUUCCAACUCGCCGGCCACGGAAUCGCCCCCCAGCUCGCCGAAUCCGCCGAGUCGGAAUCGCUCGCGUUGUUCGAACUCCCCGACGACAGAAAAGAAAUGCAGUUCCCGAGGAACUGGCCUCUCGGAUUCGAGGCCGAUGAAGAGGACGGAAACGGCGAGUCGUUUUGGCUGGACGACUCGGCGACGACCGAGUUGACGUCGCUGUCGUCCUUGCGGGAGCUGACUCACGCCCUGGAGAGAGUCGGGUUGGAGGUGGUCGAAAUGCUGGCGCGUGGGGUCGGGUUCGAGAACCCGUUCAAGGAAGAUCCGACCCGGUUUUGCUCCGUGAUGGUGUUGAGCGAGAGCGAGACAACGAGCGGCGGGGAAACGCCUUCGGGUGGCGGAUUCUACCCGUACGUGGUCGGGUUGCAGUACCAGAUACGGAGUCAGAAGCGGUUUCUGCUGCCGGGUUCCGGGUCAGAGUGGGUAGCCGUCUUGCCCGAGGUGGAGUCGGUUUUGGUUACCGUCGGUGACAUUGGACAGGUGUGGAGCAAUGGGAAGCUAAAGAAAGUGAGGGGGAGGGCAGUGCCGUGUUUGGAAGAAUUAGGAAAUGACAAGAAAAGAAGUAAUUUGGGAUCAAAGAGGAACAUAUCCAUGACAUUGUUGCUGACUCUUCCAUUAGAAAGCACAAUCUCACCACUAGUUUCUGAUAAGCAGCUGGAAUAUUGUCGUGAAGAGAAGGAAGAAGAAGACGACGAGAAAGAAGGAGGUGGAUCAAUGAAGUUUAGAUCAAUUGAGAUGGAGGAUUAUGCAUGGAGAGUUUACCACGAACCAUUUCUCUUCAAGGAUCCACUCGACAGAUACCGCUUCUAGAGGCCAGCCAUCCAAAUAGGGAAUAUUGUUUGGAGAUUUUUAAUUGUUUUGAAUUGUUCCGUGCGCUUGUAUUUAAUUUAAUUAAUCCCGUUAUUAUGCGUACUUUUGUUGAAUUUUGUUUGGUAUUUUUCUUGUGCUACCAGAAGUGUGCUUUGCUGUCAUCUUCUGUUUUUUUUUCUUUUUAUUAAAUUAUAUGGGUUUGUCAUGUGUAUAUUAUAUAUGUCCUGUAUUUAUGAUGUUUAAAUCAUUUGAUUAGUGGUGAUUUAAACCCCAAAAACUGAGAGGGACAGAAGAUAAUGGUGGUGGAACAGAAAGACAAAAGGUCGAGAUAAAUAGAGAAAGGGGGAUCAAAUUGAUGAGUUAAGAGUUGCAAAUUGCAAUAGACCAAUGGCCUUGUUGUUGCUAUUACAGGUUAUGCAUUAACAAUGAGUCAAGUAAUAGUGAUGGUUCCUUAUGAGUUGUAUUUUUCUUUUUUUUAGAAAAGUUGUAAUUUUCUAUUAUGUCACGUAGUGGUAUUGUUACGAAAGAUAAUGCUUUUUUAUCAUAGUCUUUUAGUUAUCUUAAAGGAGGUAUCAUUAUUCGUGUGGCUAGAGUUGUACACAAUCUCAAAAUUAUUUGAAGGCAACUGGAAUAGGAAGAUUUUUUUGCAUACAAACUCAAUUAUAACCAAACAUUUUAUAGAUAAGGCAUAUAAAACGACCCACAUUACAUAACAGAUCAGACGCCUUUAAGUGUUGGACUAUCAAAUUCGAUUACAUCACACUUUUCAUGAGGUAUUGAAAUUUAGAUUAUUUAUGUCACUUGUUAUGCUUGGUUACAAAUUUUUCAUUCACCUUACACUUUUAUUUUUAAAAUAUCGGCCAUACUUUAAAUCAAAAUAAAUUGAAAAUUCUCUAAUUCACACACAAAAAAAAUUUUAAUUCUUUAAUUGAUCUACAAAUAAAUAUAAGGCAAUGUCAACAAAAAAAAUUCUGCCACCUCAGCAUGCUCUCGCCAACCCGCACAGGUCGGAGGGGUUUAGUUGUAAAUUCACUCUCCGUGUUUAUUUCAUCCACGUUCGUCUUCCCCUCUCCCUGGUAUCUCUUGCCCCUCAAGCUCGAUUUCUCCUCUCCCUGUGAGAAAUUCACUGCCCCUCAAACUCGAUUUCUCUCUACUCUCCUCCAAAAUCCCAUCGUGCUCUCGCCUUGAAUAUCCUCUGUAGCCUCUAUUGGCUUAAAAAACAACCUCUCCGCCGCUCAAUUGGACCUUGCGCCUCGACGUCUCAAAGUUCUUCUCCCCUUACGAGAUUGCCUACUCCUUCCCCUUCCAUUCCAUUUCCCCAGCGACCGAUUUUGAGCUUAUCCUAUUAUCCUUCUCUCUACUGGUCCUGACCGCUCUCUCUCAGUUCAAUCUCUCGCACUGUAAGCGAAAAUUGGACCUGGGAAAACAGAGAACACAAAAUCCGACCAGAAAUCUCUUGAAAUACCAUUUGCAUGUCACUGGAAGCUAUGGUUUCCAUGGGUUUACUUCGCUUUGGUGGAGAGGAAGAAAGAUAUGGAGAGAUGGGGCACAUUGAAUAAAGAAAAUAGGUGUGGGUUUGCAACUUUGCAUAAUUGCGGGAGGAAAGAAAGUCAGUUGGUUCUCUUUCGAUGGGUUUUCUUUGGUUUAGGAAGAGUAAGAGAGAGAGAGACAAAAAGGAACGUACACUUGCGGCUAAGGAGGAAGAUGAAGGGUUGCUGGGUACGCGAAUUAGGUUUAGGAUUUUUUUUAAUUUCCUAUUUUUAAAACAGAUUAAAGAUAAAAUCAUUCUAUGAUAACAUAAAUUAUAAUGGGGUCACUGAAUUCUCCACUAAUUACAUUGGAUACAUAUGUCUUAAAAUAAAAUUCUGGGUCAAUUCAAUUGAAUCCGAUUCUACCACCUAACAAUAACCCAGUUACUUAAGCACUAUGUAAGUUGGAAAUUAAAGCUUGAUGUUACU